AAGGAUUAACGAGGGCGUCUUUGAGUACAAUUGUGCUUGAUGAGAUUAUUUUGGAUUUGAUGAAUACCGAGAAACUUAUCUAGUAAUCUGGAGAUUGAUUUGAUCGUUAACAGUAUGAUAUUGCAUUUACGGAAUUAAUAUCUGUCAUUAUUAUUUAAAACAUAUAAAUAGUGAAGUCUAUCCAAUGCAAAUUUCAAUUUAAGUCAGUUCAUUUUUUCGCAACAGACAAGUUACACCAUAUUCAAAUAUUGUGUUUGGAGCGAAUAACUUUUUCAAAGUAAAGUGAUCGAAAUGGCCAAAAUUACUUCCAAAGAGGUUUGGGAAAUUGUUAAACUUUUGAGAAUCGAUGUUUUUUAUUUUUUGACAACUUUAAGUACUUCAUUGCCUACAAUUGCAUUCAACCAACUGAUCCAGGAUAAAUAUUGUAUCAACAAAUAUUCACUCAAUGAAAGUGUCUGUUUAAAUUUGGAAAAUGCUGGAUCUGAAUAUGAUAGCGUCAGGAAUGAUGUCUUGAAAGAUAGUACAACACUUAAAAUGCAUGUUACUCUAAUGACAACAAUACCAGCGAUCAUUUUGUCCCUCAUUUUGGGUUAUUGGAUGGACAAAUAUCCUGGUCAUCUCCGGUGUCUUGCUGGUGUAGCAUCAUUAGCAAUCGUCUGUCAACAUAUCAUGAUUAUACAUCAAUGUUUACAAUUUGAAAUGGACGCUCAGUUAUUAUUGUGGACAAAUUUGGUUCCAGUUUUAACUGGAAGCGGAAUUAUUAUCGGAACAGGAACCUUUACCUAUGCCACAAAAAAGACACCAGCCAAAUAUCGAGCGGUUAGGUUUACAAUACUCGAAAUUGCCUUCUUUUCUUGUAUGCCCAUUGGAAACCUUUUGGGAGGAAGUCUCCUUUCGUCUAAACCAUGGUUUCCAAACCAGUAUCGUAACUACAUUGGAGUUUAUAUUAUUUCAGCUGUAUUGGCGUUUAUUGCCGCUAUUUGGAUCAUGGUGUUGCUAUAUGACGCUGUUGACGAAGAGGUUAAAACAGAUGAACCUCAAAUAAUAAAUGGUGAUCCUUCAAGUUGUGAAAACAAGAAGAAAACAGUGAAACAAAUAAUUUAUGAUAUAAUCAAACCAGAUAAUAUUCUGCAUGCAAGUCGCACAGUUUUCAAAAAAAGACCAAAUAAUGCUCAUUGGUAUUUAAUUUCAACACUUUUUACUGGAUUUAUAGCAAACACUUGUUAUAAUGGUGACCAAUACAUAGGAUACCAGUUCAUCCAAAAAGUUUAUCAUUGGAAUGCCGAACAAAUUGGAUUUUACAAUUCCAUUGUCAUUAUUUUCCCUGCUUUGGGCGCCCUUAUUGGUCCACCACUAUUCAUUCAUAAACUGAACAUGCAUGAUACUUCAUUGGCCAUAAUUGGUUUAUUCUCAAUGAUGGUAGCUUUCCUCGUCAAAGGUAUUAUCCUUAAUCCAUUAGCCAACCUUGUCGCCAUAGUUUGCUGUUUCGCUGGUGUCAUAUUUGUUACCGAUCGAUCAAUCGUUUCACGUAUGAUUCAUAAAGAAGAGAUCGGACAAAUUUACGCAUUUUCAUCAGCAAUCGCUGGAUUCGCUCCAACAAUUACAUCGCUAUUCUACACCACAGUAUUUACAGCAACAUUGGACUACAAUCCUGGUCUUGUGUACAUAAUUGCUGGUUUAUUAUUCGCCUUUCCCUUAGCUAACGCUAUUUUGCUCAACAUAAAAAAGCAGAAAUGGGAUCUAGUUUUGAUUGCUGCAAAGGAAAAGGAAACUCAAGAAAAAACGAAACAUCAGACUAAUGUGUCAACAUAAUAUAAUGUAUAAGUAAUUAGGAGUUUAAAAGUAGUGAUAAUAUUACAAUAAAAUCUCAUUUUGUUCAUAUA